CUAAACACCGACAAUCAGCAUACACUGAAGCUUGUGAGGCUUGUGCUCCAUCCCACAUAACUCUUUACAACGCAGGAUGAACGAAGUUUGCAUGCAGAAUCUUGCAGAUCCACCCAAAGAACAUGAAUCCGAUGGUAAGAAAACUCCGACCGAAGUCUGGCGGUGCUGUGUGCCGUCGGCAACGCGCGAUUCGUUCGCCGACAGCAAGGUUCUUAAAUUGCGUUCGGCAAUCAUGCUCAGAGUCAGGUGA